UAUCUGCGUGGAAUCCAUACAAGCAACAGCAACAUGAUCCGAGUGACGAUUGUCGUAUUCACGCUUUUCUACGCGUCAUAUUGUUUCGCGCCCUGUUUUGCCUUUAACUUUAACAGUUGCGGCUCAACAUUAGGUACAUUCACGAAAGUGGUAAUCUCCGAAUGUAAUACGUCCGAUGAAAGAUGUAUUUUUAUGCGCGGUACUAAUGCAUCUAUGUCUAUCAACUUUACACCUAACGAAGAUAUCUCGAAAAUCAUUGCACGAGUUUACGGUGAAAUAAGUUUCUUGCCGAUACCUUUUCCAUUAAGCCAGCCUGAUGUAUGCAAGGAUCCUAAUGCUGGGAUCAAAUGUCCUUUACAUAAGGAUCAAGAAUAUCAUUAUACGACCACGAUGUUUCUGCAGAAGAGUUUCCCUUCGGUAAAUGUCAAUAUUAAGUGGGAGUUUGUGAAUGAGAACAGUGAAAAAAUAGUAUGCAUAGAAUUUCCAGCCAAAAUUAAGUGAUUCAAAA